AGGAGUGAGAGGCCAGACCUGCCGCACGAAUCCCGCAAGGGCGAAACACAUCAGCGGACUUCGAAGCGGACCAGCGCACAAGACGCAAGCGCCAUGUAGCCGGAGUUAUCCGAGGACGGAGAAGCGCAGCUGCGAUGGAGGCGCGGAGUAACAGCCGGACAGGCGUACCAUCGCCGUUUUUGGCGUCCUUGGUAUCGGUUACGGUACUCUGCCAGACAGCGUUCUCUCAGUACUCAAGCGACCAGUGCAGCUGGAAAGGAAGCGGCCUGACACAUGAGUCACACGCGCGGGAUGUGGAGCAGGUGUACCUGCGCUGCUCCCAGGGCUCUCUGGAGUGGCUGUACCCCACGGGGGCCAUCAUCGUCAACCUGCGGCCCAACACCGCGUCCCCGGCCGCUGACCAGCUCACCGUCUGCAUCAAGCCCGCGGAGGACUCGCGCGGCGCCAACGUCUACCUGGACCGGGCCGGAACCCUGCGGCUGCUGCUGACGGAGAGGGAGCAGGCCACGGGACAGGUGCACUGCUUCGGCAUCCAGGAGGGGGCGCUCUUCAUAGAGGCCAUCCUGCACAGGGACAUCAGCCGAAGGAUCACCGCCUUCCAGUACGAGCUGGUCAACGCCCGGCAAGGGUCAGACUCACUGACAGACCCCUGCCAGCCCUGCAGUGAUGAGGAGGUCCUCCUGGCCGUCUGCACCAGUGAUUUCGCGGCGCGGGGCAGUAUUCAGGGGGCGGAGCAGCGGUCGGGGCAGCUCUCUGUCACAGUGACGCUCACCUGGCUGUACAGGCAGAAGAGCCGGGUGUUUUUGCCAGGGGGCGGGCAGCCGUGGCGCUGGAUGGGGCGGGUGAAGAUGCCGCCGCAGUGCGGGGUGAGUUUUGGGGAGGGCGAGGAGUUGCUCCUGACGGGGACGGUACGCUUUGGGGAGGCGUGGCUGGGGUGUACCCAGCGGUACGAGGACUUCCUGAAACUCUACAGGGAAGCCCAGGAGCAGGGGGUCAACCCCUGCCAGGUGGAAACAGACUGAGCCGUCUCAACCAGGCUAAAAACUCUGACUAAAACCAGGCCCGUAACUGGACUAAAACCAGGCUCAGAACCAGGCUGAAACUGGGCCCAGAACUGGACUGAAAUCGGGCCUAGAACGGGACUAAAACCAGACUGAAAGCGGCCCAGCACCAGACUGAAACCGGGCCCAUAGCUGGGCUGAAACCAGACUGAAACUGGGCCCAGAGCCGGUCUGAGACUGGGACCAGAGCUGGGCUGAAACCGGGCCAAAAACCAGACUGAAACUGGGCCCAGAACCGGACUGAAACCGGGCCUAUGACGGGACUAAAACCGAGCCCAGAACUGGACUAAAACCGGGUCCAGUACCAGACUGAAACCAGGCCCAGAACCGGACUGAAACUGGGCCCAGAACCGGACUAAAACCAGGCUUCCCCUGAAGAGGUGGAGCAUCGGCCAUGGGCUGACCCACACAGGGUUGGAUUGGGGUGGGGCAGGCGUUCCCACCAGCCUGAGUAUACAAGCGGUGGGGUCAGCUGGACUGUGCUUCUCUAAAACCAACAGCCAACCCUGCCGGAACGUUCACUGUGAAAGAACAUUCUGAAACGGAA